AAAUACCCACUUUGUGGCCUAUCUCCGUCAAUUAACCACGAGACAAUCGAAUCGAAAAUCGAGCCACAGAGCUGAAAGGUGAGAGCGAGACAUCGGAAGGAAAGCGUAGGAGGAGCCACGCGGAGAGUCGAAAGAACGCGCGUGGAGCACACGGAGGAAGGAAGGAAGGCGGCCCGGGGCCGGUGAAGGGCAGGAGGACGCAAGAAAUACGAGGAGAAGGAGGAGGCGGUAGUAGGAGGAGGUGGCGGCGGAGGAGAAGGAGACGGAACAUGCAUGCAUGCAUGCAUGCAUGAGACAGGGCAGGCGGACAAACAGGCAGACAUAGAGGCAGGCAAGGCAUAGAGGCAUACAGCCAGAUAGGCGAGCCGCAGCCGCAGCCGCAGCCGCGAUCGCGCGCUCACAAGAAGGGAAGGUGGGGGACAACAUAACACAGCGCGGCCGCGUGUGCACAACCGCUUUUGCAGAGCUUCGCUCGGCACACGGGGAGACGUUCCGCCUUGUACUGCUGCUGCUGCUGGCUGGCUGGCUGCUAGCUGCUAGCUUGGGCUGCUGCUGCUGCUGCUGCUGCUGCUGCCGCUGCUGCCUGCCGACUGUCGACUGCUACUCUCAGUCUGUCGGGCGGCCUCGUGCGCGCUUGGUUCCCCAUCGACGAAUCCGGCGCGCCACGAAACUACCCGCGCGAGUUCGAGAGACGGGACUUGGCCGGUGAGCCCUGUGGUUGCUCCCUGCCUCGAUUUUAAUCGAGAACUCUCGGGUUCACCUGACGAUCGGAAUCAGUGGAGUGAGGCAGGUCGGGGGAGAGUCACACGUGCCCCCCCUGGGGGUCCUACCUUCGCUGCUUAUCAUCCUCGAUAGACCUACGUUCUGUUCUUCUUUUUUUUUUUUUGUUUUUAUUUGUUCUUUCGCGCGUCCACGUGUCGACGAUGGUGCGCGGGUGGUGCGCCGUUGUGCCGUGCGUCGCUCGAUCGUGACGGGGGACGAUCGGUUUCGCGGCUGGAGACGCGUGCCUACCAAGGGACAGGUCUCGAGAAAGUACGCUCUGGACGGUGACAGGACACUGCGAAGCGGACGGGAACGCGCACGGUCUCUCUACAGGUGUUUCGAAUCGAUUCCCCGCCACGAGGCCCCUCCUGCACGGUGCACUCCUCGUGGAUGGUGUGAUUGUUCAGUGAGUUUCCAUCGGCGGACACGUGAUCUCCUCUGGUCUUGGUACGGGUACCGGCGCGCAGCCGGCGCUGUCGUCCCGUCGCGUGGCUCUGUUUCGGUCGGGGCCCUUGGACGCCUAGUUUCUCCGGACGUCGGAGUUUUCACCGCCCCCGUGACGAGCGCGGAAGAUUCGUCGGGGGCAGCCGAUAUAGCGAAGAGGACGGUCGAUAGGUGUGUUAGAUGUUGCCGCGAGCUCGAAGCGCGACGAUCGUGUACCCGCGGAGCGUCUUCGGGUGUCUCAGUUCACGAAUCGUGAUUUUUUCAAAGUUUCUUCGGUCGAAAUGCGAGCAGCGCUAGCUCCAUUCGCGUGACAGAAACUCGGAGCAGCGGAGUGGCCCGCGGUGUUGUACUCCGGACUUUUGGCGGAUGGGACGCGAGCUCGGGGAAUAACAAUCGAGAAGGGGGUAGAAUUCGGUUCGUUUUGGACCCCUGAAGGGGAGUAACGAGGAGAUCGUGAACGAUUGGACGUUUUCAGCGAACGCAGUGUAAAUGACUCGAAAGGCGGGAAGACGGUGGCGGACGAAUACGUGGUAAAUCGAGCGGGAUUUAUUUCGGAGAGAACUGUCGCUUCUGGUGAGAGGAAUCGAUCGGAGGUGGCAGAUGAGAUGCGAAGCACGAGGACUACGCUGCGCGGAGCUGGCGGGAGCGAAGAAGGCGGAAGCCAAAGUUAGGAAGCCAAAGGUGCCGAAGGCGCUCGCAGGGACUGCGGCAGGUCAAGGGGGCACCUGGCGGGGGCCGCCUGAGAUGACGACCCUGCGACGGGGUAUCGUGACACCCCGCUACAACGCCUACGUCCUGGUAUCGCUGAUAGGACUAUUGCUGCAGACACAGUCCGCGACGGGCGGUAUGUGCUGGUCUUCUAUCAGCAACGGUCGCUGCAAGGAAUUGUUGUCGCAACGAGUGACAAAGGAGAAUUGUUGCGCGUCGAACGCGGCGGCGGCGACCGCGUACUCCGAGGAAGACCUCAAUAGCGAGAAGCUGUUUUUUUGGGGCGUGCUCAAUGGAGGUGUUCAGUGCCGUCCUUGCAGAGAAAGCUGUGCAGAAGUGAGGUGUGAAGAAGGGAAGAAGUGUGUGGUGCGCAGGGGAAGGCCAAGGUGCGUGUGUAGCCCCGAGUGCAAGGCGCCAAGAGGCGGUGGUCCAGUUUGCGGGACGGACGGAAAGAGCUACAAGAAUCUGUGCAGGCUGAAGAAACGCGCGUGCAAGAAGGGAAGCCACGAGCUAGCGGUUGCCUAUAAGGGCCACUGCCAAAGUUCGUGCGCACGGGUCCGGUGCGGCCAAGGCCGGAGCUGCCUGUUGGACCAGAACCUGAGCCCGCACUGCGUGAAGUGCGCCCGCAGGUGCCCGCAGCCACCCCCGCAACAGCGAGCCGCCGCACGCCCCGUUUGCGGGGCCGACGGAAACACCUACAAGAGUGCCUGCCACCUGCGACUCGCCGCCUGCCGCGCAGGUCGCGCCAUUCCCGUCGCCUAUAAGGGCCACUGCAAACAGAACGCAGAUUGCACGACGAUUCGUUGCCGCGAGGGUCAGACGUGUCUGACAGAGAUGAAGUCGGGUCGACCACGUUGCGUGACCUGCACCUAUCGUUGCCCCAGGAAGCGCGAGCGCGUCCGGAACCGGACGCACCGCGAUCGGGAUCCAUCGGCGACCAUGUUGUGCGCCACCAACAAUAUCACCUAUCCCAGUUGGUGUCACAUCGUCAAGGACGCCUGCGUUACCGGCUUCGUCCUCGAGACGCGAUACGCCGGCCCCUGCAACGCCUACGACACCUCUCCAUUUUACAUCGAGGAGGACAACACCUCGAGCAACUAUGGCGUUGGCCUGGCGGACGAAGACGCGAGAUUCAAGGACGCAGAAUCGAAGUCCUUGUCGUACAACGGCCAGACGCAUCGUUCCCUGACAUUAUCGUAGCGCGCGAUCGAUCGCGAUCGAUCGAUCCACAUAGCUGCAAGAUAAGUCGUAGGAUCCCUCUCUGUCUCUCACUCUCUCUCUCUGUCUGUAUCUCGACUGUUUAGGGGAAUCCCACGGAGACGACGCGCGAAUUUCGAUGCCUGGCCAUCGAUGCGCGAUCCUCCAGGGAUCUUGAGGACGAGAAAAACGACGGCAAACCGGACACGUCGCGCUUCCUGAAGCCGGGAGGAUGCAUUUUGAACGCGUAUGGCCAUUAGUUCUCGUGAACGAGAGGCUCGCGCGAGAUAAGCUAGAUUAAGGGCGGAUCAGUAUUCUUUUCUCCGUUUUGCGGAGCGAAAAGCGCGGAGGUACGGCGAAUUAACGACGAAUUAAUACUUUCGCAGUUGCGAAAGCGGGGUUAGGAGAAGCUGGAAGAAGUCACGAGUCAAGUACCAGGGGAAACUUGUAGGUUGGUUGACUUAUGCUGGAGGGCAGCUGUUAGCAAUAAACAAUCUUUUGGUAUUAUAUUAACACAUUGUUGACCGGCAAUUUUAUAUAGAAGCGACUUCGUGUCACCGGCUAUUAUUUCGUAAUUGACUGUGAAGUUGAAACAAUCUAAAUAAACUCCAAUAAACUUUAUUUAUAUUCCAUCAACAUAACGAUCUGAAAUGAAAAACCGACAGGUCUAAACGCAAAGCUUCUGCAAUGUUUUAUAUCGCUUUGGAUUUCAUAAAUUCAAAUAGAUAAUACAAGUGCAGACACGAGUUUACUCGUGACCGGUCAACAACGUGUUAAGUCAUCCCAUAAGUUCGUGCUGCAGACUGUGUCAAUAUUUAAUUAAAAAACUACAGAAAUUUUAUAGUGACGGUAUAAUGACUAUGUCAUAAAGGUGGGAAAAUAUUGUAAAACGAGAGAGAUUACCUUUUUUUUAUAACACUUAAGGGUAUGUUUUACAUACGAAUUCAAGUAGCAGAAGAAUAAGUGGCAUGAUCUUGCGGGACGACCUAAUACAAUUUUAUUAUAAAUCAGGACGUCUCAUAAAUUUUUGAUUAUUUAAAGCGUGGAAAUUGUUAGGGCAAUGUAGGGAUGAUCAGUGGCCUACCAGCUCAGAUCACCAAUCAUCACAGGCAUAUAUUCAAUCUUCUACCGAUGAAGCAAGCUUGACUAGAAUGGUUAUUAUUUUACAGUUUACAUGAAUUUCAAGGAUGAUUAAUUCUGGAACUUCCCAUUUAAAUCGUUUAUUAACCUUUUCGGUAGUUUGCGCGAGUAUACUCGUCAAAUUAUUUUGUUCUUGUCGUGCUCAAGAAGAGUUAACUCAUUAACUCAUUAACAAUAACUUCAUCCAAUUUAACUCGUCUUGAGCACAACAAGAACAAAAUAAUUUGACGAGUAUACUCGCGCAGACCACCGAAAAGGUUAAGAGCAAGGAGGACAAUCAUGUAGUCUUCUCCUUUGACAUAUUUCGAGGCCAUUCCCUGAUGACCCAAGUCCAAGUGGCACUGUUCCAUCAGACUCCCACGCGAAAGUGUUAAAUAUCGUCGGAAAAACUGUUUCGUCACCUUCAAGGGACUUUCGAAGUUAGUUUUUCAGGCGUAGCGAUGUACUUGUUAUCACUCGAGGAGCGUAGAUUCCAGACACUUUGAAUCGUAGAGCUCAAAGAGGAUAGGACGCACAGCUAACUUGUUCAUCGCAUAAACCAUUUAACACACUCGCAGAGUUCUAAUGGUCUGAAUAAAUUUCAACGGGCGUCGCACGACCGUCCAUGAUCGAAGCCUGCGUACUCUCGCGAAGGUUCAUUCGUCCGCAAACUGAGCCCAACUCUGGCGCCGCUACUAAAGAAAUCAUUGGAAGAGGAACGAGAUUCCAGCACGACGAGGAAUUUUGUGAAGGAAAAUAGCGAUGCGUGAGAAACGAGAAGCGAUGGGUUAAUUAGGUGUUGUUUAUAAUUGUUUAUUUAUUUUGAAAUAUUCCCGGCCUGCUGAAAUCUGUAGGGCCUGUUCUGUCCAGAAUCGUUCUCAAAUGUAAACUGAUCACGAAAGGAACUCGUUUCUAAUUUACGUACACAUCAAACUUCGACGAACGGGAGAAAUUGACUAUUCGGCGUCACGUGGCUCGUCGAAUUUAUUUAUUUUAAAAGACUUGCAUAAAUCUGAAGAGUCGAUAACGAAGGUACGGAGGUUUUAACGAUACGAACCUAAAUUCUCGUCGGAGUGUUUUAUUAUCCAUGCGAAGUUACGGUACGCUUCGUCGGAAGAAAAAUCAGCGAAUUUUAAACGAUAUCAGAUUCACGUUGCGUGGGAUGUUAUCACUGGAAUGGUCACGUGAGGCCGUGGUAUUCGUGAAAAAAAAAAAUAGAGGAUUAAAUAGAGGACUAAUUUCGCGGCGAGCCAGUAUUUAUUAUUCAGCGUCGCGUGACGGAGGCACGUAGAUUCACACUCGACGAAUAAGCUGAAACCCGAUUAACCCGUCUGAAUGCAACUUUUCAAGCAUAAAUAUUUAUAUGCACUCGUGUGGAGCAUUCGAAGUUAUUAAAACAUUCUAUACAACUCGUAAAACUGUUUGAUUUAAGGAACCGUGGAAGCCAUUUGUUUGAAAAUUAAUGAAUUCUCUUUCGUUCGCUAGGCUUGUAAAAAAAAAAAACAAAAAAAAAACAAACGGACAAAACGUUCGAUUGCUUGUCAAAAUCGUACACCGUUGAAUAUUUAAUGGACAGGUCAUGGACAGGUUGAGCGAGUUGCAGAUUUGCAGUAUUUCUUUUCUUAUCGAAGAUUUAGAACGCUCGGCGAAUGAUCGGUACGCGAACCUUACGCGCUCGAAUUCGCGGAUACUGUUUUUCGAUGGAUCGACGAUCGCGUUACCGAGUGAACAAUCUCGAUCGGCCCGUCAGUAUUCUUUUUUAUCGCGUAAUUUCUGUGGUUGUAUUCGGGAAAAUAAUUGUAAUUGUUUCCACUUUCUUUCAUAUUCUAUCGCGACAGUUUUCUGCGCGGAUGUUGCAAGGGGGUGAGGAGGAUUGUCGCGACGAUUCGAUUUAAGUUUAAGAAAGCAUUAUCGUGUAAUAAAUUAUUGGAACGUCGUGUGUUCAUUGAUUUAACUGCUUGGCAUUCUAAGAUCGAUAUUUACGUUUAACGAAUAACGGCUUUCGAUGGUAGAAUUUUCGUUAAGUUAAAGGAACGUACUUUUUCAGUCCAAUGGGCUUAUCAUUAUUCUCGGUAUCUGGGUAUAACGGUUUUAAUUGAAAAUAAUUGUAAUAAAAUGAAAAUAUUGUGAAAUGUUUCCAUACGAUACUCAAAAAUCUGACGAUUUCGCUAUCGCGAUAUAAUAUCGAAAUAAAAAUAAAUGUAAAAAUACAAUUAUUCACAGACACUGUCGCGAGAGCUGAAAGUGUACGACUGUACGUCCCGCUUGCAACCCUUUCGAUUAAUAUUUUUUAAGCGACAAUCGGAAUUUCGCCAAGGAAAUUGGGUGUUUUUCGCGUCUAUGAAUUUUAUCUGAUCCAAGGGAGGUAUUUCACGCUUAGAAAUGACGCUUGACGAUCCGCGCAGCCGUGUUGGGCGCGUUUUGAAACCGGGCGCGAAAUUAUUAUACGGUCCAUAUCUAUAUCUUCGGCAUUAGUCUGCAACAGUUUCGUUCCAAGUGCCUCCAGUCUGGCGCCAGUAGAAUUCACAUAAUAUUCGUACUUAAUUUAUUUUAGUUUUACGGCCAGCGUUAAGAGCUGCACUUAUUCGCGCGCAAUUUUAUCGACCGCUGUCACGUAUCUGUCACUUUUUUUUCUCCUAUUUUUUUUUUUUCAUUUCUCCAUAGGCAAACGUAUAUUGUCGAUGCAAUGCGCGUGUCAUUUUCUCGCUACCGCGACAUAGUUAUGGCGCAGGUUCGUUAAGGAGGGAUCGCCGUGGCAAAUGGAAUACCGAGACGACGAAUAAUUUAUCGGGAAAUGAUAGACCAGGCGCCGACAUUUGUGUCACGGCGAUAAUUUACAAGCGUUAUGAAUCUUCUGUGAUUCCAUUAAAAUCCGUGGUAAGACAUACCUUCGUUAGGUCUGAUAUAAACUGUUCCCUUUACUCGUAGAGGUGAAGCAACUCGGGUACUUGGAAAAUAUUUUACUCGCGGGAAUAUGUGAAUGAGAAAAUGUUAGGUGAAACGUGUAAAUGCGAAUUUCUUUUUAGGGUUCUAGUAUCUUAAUGGGGAUGUCUGGUAGUUCUGUCAGUUUUAUUUGAAAAUUAAUGAAACCUAACCAAGAUCAGAUAUAACUAUUUGAGUCGAGAAGUUAGUUUAUGGAGCUUCUGUGAAUCUGAGAAAAUCCGUGGGAAGGCUCGUUGGUUCUAAUUAAAACUGUCUCCCUGAGGGAGAUGAAACUGCUCCAGUAAAUACCUCAUUUGAGGGAAUACAUAAAUGAGCGAAAGCGAGGCGCAACUUAAGAAUAUUAAUUUUGGUUGUUGUAACAUAUUUGUUAUUGGAAAAUUAAUAUAUACCUCUUGAAUGAUAUACUUCUGUCUAUCGACUGCGUAAGUUUUAUUUAAAAAUUUAUGAAGUUUAAUGUAGACCAGUUGGGAAAUUAGUUUAUUUGUGUUAUGAAUCUCCUUCGACAUAUAGAAUUAAUUUAAGUAAAUAUAAUUUAAUUAAAUAUGCAUCUAGUUCGGACGAAAAUUUGAUGCAUACCUUAUAAAAUUAUUUUUGGUAUAUUCUGCUCGACAUUUCAGAACAUGUUAAUUCAACAAAAUGUUAUUUGAAGUGACACAAUUUUUUUUUAUCUCUGAACGAUUCAUAGCCAAAUUUUUCGCUGCCUCUACAAAUUAAUAAACAGAGGUUUAAUUGCUAUAUUUAUUUUAAAAGUGAUGUACGGUCACUCUUGGUUAUAAAAACACUGUUUUAUUUCGGUAUUGCCAGAAAUGGUCAUAUAACAAAUUUGCAUACGUUUCAGAUCACAGAGAGAUAAAACAAGCGUAUUACCAUUUGGCAAUAAUUUGGAAUCGAACGAAACGCGAAUUCUUAGACGUCUCGAAGUGAGAAAAUUUGAAAUUGCGCUGCAAUAAAAAGAAAAAUUGGCUCGUAUAAUUUUUUCUGCUUACGAGACCAGACUUUCAUACUCCAUGGUAGCUCUCGAGGCUUUUCCAAUUAUUUCUUUUUGCGUCUAUCACUGUCCCGCAAAGAUAUUUACUCGUCCAUACUUCAUGCAAACAAUCAUCUCACAAUUUAAAAUAUCGACACCCGAAUAACCACGUCAAAAAGAAAAAUUCAAUUUCUACAAUAACUUUCAAACUUAUCGCAAUUAUUUGUUUUGAUAUAUAUCAGCGUUAAGUUCUUCGUCUAUUUUCGCUACCUACUUAAAACAAUCAAUUGAUUUUACACUUUCGAGGCUCAACGUUCAAAUGACUCUUGUUAAAAUUCAGUUAUGCGUUCAGAAAGUCCAGUUAUUUAUUUAUACAAGCUUCCCCGAUGUGAAAGAGUCGCGGCAAAAGUGUAAAACAUUUUUAAAUGCCAUUUUUAAAAUUAACCGAUGCUUGGGUUAAGAAUGAUAUGUACUUUUGUCGUAAAAUGACCCAUCUUUCGACGAGAUUCCAAAGGAAUUCUAAACUCUCGCUUUCUCCGUUCGCCGUCCGCAAUUUUUAUCCGUUUCUUUCCUCGGACGGGCCAUGAGACUGCGAUUUUGCGGAAUGCAAACUUCUCAUGGCUGCCAUCCACGCGAAACAAUUAACGUUCCUGACAGGCGCAAAAGUGUUCCAAGAAACGGGCAGACAUCGCGACACCCUACCCCCCUCGCCCAUUGCAAAACUACAGGAUCGGAAUUAUUUUGUAACGGAGUAAAGCGCAACCAUAAAACGGAAAUGGGCACAAUUUUUGUUCUUCUUGUAAUUAGCUGUUCGUGGACAUAUCGACAACUCUAAUUGGUUACUCACGAUUGGGUUAAAACUGGCAAGUACUUGUUAUAAUUUUUGGAAAAGUUUAGUUUCAUUUACAAAUGUUGUAAUACCAUUCAAUCGAAUAAAAUGGUUUGAUUUUAUUCGUCGUUCGUUACUCGAAUAAAAUAUAAAUUUAUUCGAAUAAUAAUUUUAUUUCAUUUCAUUGAGUAACGAAACAAAAUGGAAUCAAGAAGAUUUGAACGCUAUUAAAUGAACCACAGGCGAUCUCUUCAGCGACGAGAACGAUCCGAUCGAGUUGGGUGAACUUUUAUUCUCGCGAGUGGCCUGUUAAUUAGUUUAUUUACACUCGAAUAUAUUAUCUUCUCGAGGAACCCAUUCAAAUGAUUAUUUAUUCGUUAAUUUUUAUCUGUUUCGUUGUUUUUUAGUGAAGUUAGAUUUUAUUUUAAAUGUAUUCUAGCGAGUCGUGAAACUAGACGUUUGUUAUUCACAAAACGAAAAGUCAAAAAUAUUGAGAAAUUGAAGAUUAAAUAUAUACGUAAAUUAUGUUAAAUUGUAUCUAAUUUUCAAAUUAUAUGUACGGUAGACGUGUAGCUUGUAAGUUGUUUCGAUCAUUAAUCCCACAAGUCAGGGAUGUAAUUUGUGGGAAAAUCGAAAAGAAAAUUAAAAAAAGAAAAUAAGUGGAAAAUGUGGAAUAUAAUUGUUGAGUAUCGUGCUAUAUUUUAAGGGAAAAAAGUCAAGUACUUGAUCAUGUCUUGAGUGAAAAUCUGUUACCUUUCUGUUUGUGUUUUUAAGAACUCAGGUGUUCAAAUUAAUACAGUGGAAUUUCAUAAUUUCAUUCGUGCUCUGAAUAACCUAAUAAUUUGAGUAUCUAUUUGAUUGUGCUCUUAUAUUUGUGUACACGAACCUUUCCCUCGCCUUUUUUUCCUGACCUCACUUUCUAAUUUUUCGUUCGUCCCAUUUCCUUGUAUUUCUAUUUUCUAGUCUACCAUUCUACGAAUUAAUCUCAAUUUCUCUUACUUUUCAAAGCUCUGUAUCAUUCUCAUACCUAAGUCGUACAUAAAUUUCUUUCGCAGAACCACUUUCCAUUCGUCCAAACACAGACAACCAAUUCGAAAUUUUAUUACUGCAAGGCCAAAAAUAUCGUAGAAUUUCGAGAAUUCCAAAAACGCGAAAUAAUUUCAAUGUGUUAUCGAACAUUUAUUCUCGGAAUGGUUUUAUGGCCCUCCUUCACAAUCGAAGAACGGUUUCAUCGUCUAACCAUCUAAAAUUUCUUACGCAUACGUUUUACUAUCAUUCUCAUUUACAAUCUGUAGAAUAAAAUCCUUAAUUAACAGAUAAAUAAAAUUACUCUGUGCAUUCAGGAUAUGGGUAUUUAUUUUACGUGACGAAUCAUUAUGCAACGGUUAUCGCACGACUCUGUGCAUUCAUGUAUCAAUAAUAUUUCUGUUUAACACUCGACAAUUUUAAACGAGACCUGCUACCACUUAAUACUACAAACACAAGCAGAAACAAAAUUUCAUAUUGACCAAAGCCAUUAUCAAGUCCGGCAGCAUUUAUAAAAUUUGAUUUUCUCGAAAACGAAGCCCCUCCCCCACACCUCACCCCCCGUCCCACGAAGAUCGACUUAUUUUUUCCAGGGAAGUGCCGUUUCUUCUCGAAUCUACCACGAAUUGCGUUUCCCCAGCUUGUAAAACGACACGCGUUACAUUCGAGGAACCACGCGAAACUUACUUGAAUUGUCGAAUUUUGUAGGAACGAAUUUCAAUCCGUACAUUUAUUUUUCGUUCUCGCAGAGUGACACGCAACGAUCAGCCGCGCUAUAUUCGUACUCAUUUAUUCCAGCACCCGUUCAGACCAGUAUUCGAUAUUUCGAUGGCUACAUUGUCACGCGCGUUCUUAUCACCUAUUACAGCGACUACGAUCGAAACUAGUCGGUCGUAUCGCGAAAUAGGACAAUUGCGAAAACGCAAUGAUCGCCGUACUAUAUACAAAAAAAAAAAAAAGAAAAGAACGAAGAAAAUAAAAAAUAAAGAAACAGGAGGACAGGAAUUCGCGACACGACAUUCGACAGUGUCUACGGAAUGCUAGACGACUAUAAACGGUAAAAAUUCAUUUAGAUGGAAAUGCAAUUGUAUGCGAUAAUAUAGUUCCUGUAUUAUACAUAACAUAUAUAAAUUUAAUAUAAAUUAUUAUAUAGUAGCUUUAUGAUAUUAAUAGUAGUACGUUACUGCGAACCAAAAAAAAAAAAAAAAUGUUACACGUGUCGCGCAUUGAUAUCUGUCGUAAUUUAAUCGUCGAUGUCGAUUCAAAGGUGUAUAAUCCGAGCGUUUUUUUAGAGGUUUUUAAGGGAUGUUUUCAUUGAACGUGGGGGGUGGAGGAGAAACGAAAGCGUAGUGUCGACGAGGGACAAUAAAGAAAAACUAGCUGAUAAUUGUGUACGUGCUCUUGUUCUCUUUUAUCAGGGAUGAGGAGAAUGGUGAAAGAGAAAUAGAGACGAGGGAAAUCGGUGGAAGUCGUGCGAAAAUCCAUUCCUGGCUUUCAAUUUUAUCUCCUUGUGCUUCGAGUUUUUAUUUUUUUUGGAGUGGACAUUGAUCGAGUGGUCAACAAAUUUCGUCAUUUCAUUUUAUGUAUCUUGCCUAAGUAAUUCUGAAUUUAUAAAACGGUGACCGAUUUUAUUUGAAGUUAAUUCUCUUUUUUUUUUUAUGAAAAUAAUUACCCCCAUGUAUUGAUAAUUGGAGGAAAUAUUCAUUCACGAAUCGGGAUGUUCAAUAAAGGAAAGAGAAAACGAAAGGACUGAUCGGUGAUUUAAUGACAUUAGUGCCAAUUAGAGUCACGUAUAAUAAUAUUACGCGUAUGAUAUGUAGGUCCAGUAAUUGUAAUUAUUGGUGUAAAUUAAGCACUCGAAUCUUUCGCUAAAAUCGUCGUGCUCAUUUUCUAACUAUCCCUAUUUCUACGCGUGCGCGUAUGUCGUGCGCUGUGCACAAUUUGAAUACGAUUAUAUUUGUACCAACAGUAAUUGGGUUAUUAUUGCAUACUUGGCAAGUGUUAUUUAUGGAGCCGUGAAAUAUUGAUGGUGAUCAGAAAUUUAAAUUGCAGGAUGCGGUGUAAUUCGUGUUGCGACAGAAAUGAUUUAAUUUAUAAUUUUAUAUUAGGAAUUUCUGAUUUAAAAUACGAACGACAAUGGUUCAUAUUAAAUAAAAAAUAAAAAUUUCCACUUAAACUUAAAUGAUAUCCUAAUCGUUUAAAAAACAAUUACUUUCUAUUUUGUUGUAAAACAAAUUACAUCGCUUAUUGCAAAAACAUACUGCUAAAAAAAAAUACACAGUGUCUCAGAACGAUCACACAAUUACUCCACAAACAAUUUACGUAACCUUAAAUUGUUAUAUUUUUCAUACUGCGCGCGCACGAUCCUCGAAUAUUGUAAUUUUAUAUCUUUAUCGUUGCCUUUUAUCCAUCACAAUGUAAACAUUAUUUAUUUUCUCUAAAUAUUAUUACGUAAUGUUUCGUUCGAACUUCAUUUUAAGUUAGAUAACAUUGUAAGAAAUUUUAUAGAUGACUCGUUACUAUUGCUUAAUUUAUUUAGUAAGACCCCCUCGUUUAAAUUAUAACGUCGUUAGUAUUUAUCAAGACUGUACUCUCAGUUAAUUUAUUGUAAUACUCAUUUCGCUAAUCUUUUUUCUAUUUCUAUCAACUCUGAGCGCUGAUUAGGAUAAACAUGAUUUAUGCAAAUACCUAAACGGACGUUACAUUCGUGCAAUGAAUACGAGAAUGCAUCGAUCGUUUGAUUACGAAAUACAUUAUUGUGUAUAUAAAUUAAAACAUUUGCUCCUUUAAUUUAAAAAAAAAAACAAACUAUCAAAGGCUUUUGAUUAAAAAUAUAAUUUAAAUUCAAAGCAAUUGGGACGUUAAAUUUGAUUAGGUAUGGACGUGUAAAGGGUAUCAGUUACACCUCAGAAAAUAUAUGAAAGUGGAAUGAAAUCAAAUUUUGCAAUAAAUAAUAAAUUAAAUUUGGUAACGUAAUAUAUAUUUGAGGAUAUCUUUGUUACUACAUUAUGGUAUCUGAAACUAAACAAGUAAAGUGAUUGGAAUUGUGUAUUAUAUUAAAAGAAUGAAAAAGAACAAAAUAUAAAAAAUUUAUAUCAAAUUAUUUUCGUAAUUUUUCCACAACUUUAGAACAACACACAGAUAUGAAAAACAGAUAGAAAAUAAAAAAGAAACAGAAAUUCUUUAAAACACAAAUACUGAUAUCCUUUCCGUUUCAAUUCUAUCUAAGUUCACAGAGAUGGGCAAGAUUAUUAUCUAAAUAAAGAUCUCGAAUAACGAAUAAAGAAACAUCUUCGGCAUUAUUUCCUCGAUAAAAAAUACAAUUCAAGCUCUCCAACCAAUCUCUAAACAAAUAAAUUGAGUAACUUUUAUUCGAUCUGAAUAAUCGUUGAGAAUAAAGAGUUCUUAUUCGUUAUCUGUUGUUCGAAAAAAAUCCUGCCCCGUCUCUGUUCGAUAUUCUGCACGAUUAGUGUAAACGUUCGUACAUUUCCAGCGACAGCCCGAUGUGUAACGCGAUAGGAGAAAAAAAGGAACCCCUUGUAAAUUAAGUGUCUCGUUAGCUUCCAAGGAACCGUAAGGUUAAGUUAUCGAUCGACGGGAGGCAAAGAGGAUCGAGAAACGUAGGAUAGAUCGGGCCAGAACGUUUAACAUAAGAGAUAGGAUCCGUGCACGUCGGUGUACCUACGUUGAAAUAAAUUGACACGCGAAUCAUUGUAAAGGGUAACACAGUCGGGACGCCGUUUCUGCGAGAGAACGUUCAAUUAAAUUGAUCGCAAAAACAGGAUAGCCUAUAAUCUUUAAUUAAUUUCUAAGUUUCAAGAAUGCUUUAUCUAGGCGGUAACGAGAUGGAUUAACUUAUAAAUAAAUGAAUAAAUUUAUAUGUAUACAUAUUAUAUGUAUUCGCAAGACGCGUGUCUUGUUGUAUGUAUAUAUACAUAUGUGUCUGUAUGUGUGUAUGUGGAUGUAUAUACAUACAUAUACAUAUAUAUCAGUAGCAACCUACUUUCAAGACUGUGGAACAUCAUAGGUGUAUAAAUGUUUAAAUAAAUUAUUAUAAC